GGUUGUUUAUUUGUUUUCUAAAAUAAAUCUACCUGUAUGACUAUUUUGUCCUUCAUAUUAUGCUCUUUUGUUUUGAAAAAGGGCGUUUUUCCAACUGAUACACGCCCACUUUACGUCGUGGAAUUUAGCGAAUGCCCAGCGGGGGGGAGGUGAGUGGGGAGACCGUAAAAAUAGUAAGCGAAUAAAAUGGAUGAGUUCUUGCUCCAUGGGAUUAAGGAAUGUAAAUACAACACUCCCAGCAGAGACAUUCAGCACUAAGGUCACAGUGAGGUUAAGGUCCAUUUGGUGAAUUGUGAACAUCAGAACAUCAGCUCUGUAACGUAGAUGGUGUUGGUGCAUGGAAUCAAACCAGUGUUUUAUCAGCUACUGGAAGCCUCAGCAGCUACAGAAGUGAUGUUGAUGAACUACAUCGAUCCCAAAGUUCUUUAGUGACGAUGAUGUUCAGGGCAAUGGGACAAAUCCUGAUGAAUAUUGUAGCAGAAAUCAGGACUCUCAGGACUCUUCUUCUCCUGCUGUGCUGUUUACUGUGUGAAGCUGGAGACGAGACGGUCACACUGCAGGAAGUGGAAGGAACCACUAUAACUCUCCAUACUGGGAUAACUGGGAUUCAGAGUGAUGCUCAUAUAGUUUGGUUUUAUGGACCUGAGAAACUAGAGGAGAAGAUAUUGAUUAGUCAGGUGUUUAAAGGAGAAACUGUUACAGACAUCAGUGAGAGAUUUAAAGAGCGACUGCAGCUGGACAGAAUCAGUGGAGCUUUAACCAUCAGGAACAUCAGCAGAACUGAUUCUGGAGUUUAUUUAUUACAAGUCAUCACUGGACGUGUCUCAUCUAGCACUUUCAGUGUCAGUGUUUAUGCUCCAGUAUCAACUCCAGUAAUAAUAAAUGAAAGAGGAAAGCGAAGUGUGAUUUCCACAGAGUCGUGUUUCCUCCUGUGUUCUGUGGAGAAUGGAGAUGUGAAGUUAUCCUGGUACAGAGAGAAUGAGAGAAUCUCCAUCACCAAUAACACAGAUCUCAGUGUUCCCCUCAAUCUCUCACUUCAAAUACAACACAAUGACACUAACACUUACAUCUGUGUGUCUGCAAACCCUGUCAGCAAUAAAACAACUUCUCUCAUCAUCACACAGCUCUGUGACGUCUCAGAUAAACCUGAUCCUUUACUGCUUGAUGCUCUGAUAUCAGCUGGAGUUUUUGUGUUAUUAAUUAUAAUAUUAAUAACUUUGUGGAUUCGGCUGAAAAAGAAAAAAACAAAAGAAAUUUCAGAGGAAUUGACUUCCUCUGAUGCGAAUAUCAUCACUCACAGUGCAGAGAGAUAAAGAGAUAAAGUUGUGGAGAAAAUGAUUUGGUUUAAAAUCACAGGAGUUAUAAAGUCUCCUCCUGAUUCAUAUACUGCUGUGUUACAGGAAGAAAACGCCAUAUUAACGGAUGUUGAAGUAGAGAGAGACCCUGUGGUGUAUUCAGCCGUGAGGAGAUCCAAAUAAUAUAACACAUCACUAUAUGAUAUAAGAUAUUUUAUGUUUUUGCACUUUUCAUGUUCUGUCAUAGGUCAUAGUGACGCACUCGAAUUAAAGCUUUCUUCACUUUAUCUUCACAUGCUUAUAGAUAUAGACAAUUGACUAGUGUUGCUGUGAAUGACCAGAGACAGAGUAUAUGCCCCUCUCACCCCGAGAGCACGGCCAGAUUUGCCCUCUUAACUGGACACCUUGAUGAUGAAGAUGCAGGAGCACUUUUUGUGUCUGGUCUCAAGUUUAUCACUCAUGUUGCCUCAGGUUGCUUUUCCUUCCCUCUGCUGCCUUGCCCUACCUCAUUAGUGAUGAAUGUUAAGUGUCCAGACUUUCUCUACAGACUUGUGUAAUAUGUUUCAUAUUUAUAAUAUAAUGCCUUCCUGAUAUUUUACAAACUAAAGUGCAAUUCUGUAAAAAUUGCUGCUUCCACCAAAUUCAGUAUUUUACAAAACACUAAAAAUGUGCUGAUAUUUUAUAUUGUUACGUCCUUUUUUAUGUUUGUUCUCUGUUUUGGGAGGUGUUUGUGUUUCUGUGCAGGAUGAACACCGAUUGGUUCCUGAAGGUUACCUGGUGCCACGCCCUGCCUGGUCAGCUGACUCCCUGCAGCCUAUAAAAGCCCCCACCACCUCUUCCUGCUUUAGCUUUUUGGCUCACUUGCUGUGUUUGUGUUACUCGUUUGCUGCUAGUUAGUAUUGUGUGAGUUGUCUGUGAUAUUAGUGUGUUUAGACAUUCCUGUUAAUGCUGAUUAUUGCCUGUUCUUUUGACUUUGACUCUGGAUUGCAUGUUUGUUCUUAUUAGCUAACCUGCAAAUAUGCGAAUAUAGUAUUAUUGGGGCAGCAGGGAGACCAAUGCCAUUUUUGUUUGAACCUUUUAUUGGUUGUGUUUUUGUACAGGGAGUUAGGGAAGGAAUUGUGUUUUCUUUUUUUGUUUGUUUGCACAGCAGGGAAUUUAAAGGGUACAACAAUUAGUUGUUUCUGUUAGUUAUUGUGGCCUUGUCAGCUCCUGAAGACAUAACCCCAGUUGUACAUGUGAAAUUUGUUACUCAUUAAAAAUAUUGUUUAUUCCGUUA